CACAAUUCCCAUUGGUUUUCCUUCAUUGUUGAAAUAACCAUUUAAAGCCGAUUAACCGACAGUUCAUAAUAAUUAUUUGGCUUUGUCCAAGUAAAGAGGUAAAGGUUUUAGUGCCAAAACAUCCAGUAUUCAACAGUCGCCACCAGUUAGGAUCAGCAGAAGAAAUGGCUCCUGCAUAUAAACUAACCUACUUCCCAGUGGAAGCCCUUGCUGAACCCAUCAGGUUCCUCCUCAACUACGGCGGAAUCGAAUUUGAGGAUCACCGGUUUGACCGCGAAAACUGGCCCCAACUCAAACCCAACAUGCCCUUUGGCCAAGUUCCCAUUUUGGAAUACAACGGAAAAGUGGCACACCAAAGUAUUGCUAUUGCUAGAUUUUUCGCCAAAAAAGUCAAACUAGUCGGGAACGACGAUUGGGAGGACUUGGAAAUCGACGCCAUUGUGGACACCAUCAAUGAUUUGCGUCAAAAGAUCGCCCUUUAUCAUUACGAGACUAACGAAUCCGUUAAAGAAUCCCGGAAAGAGCCCCUAUUUAAGGAAACCAUCCCUUAUUACUUGCAACGUUUGGAUGCUGUUGUCAAAGCCAACAAUGGACAUCUUGCUGUUGGAAAGCUCACAUGGGCCGAUUUAUACUUUGUAGCCGUAUUGAAGUAUCUCUGUUUUAUGUGCGGGAGCGACAUCAUUGCCAAUUACCCGAAUCUUGUUGCUUUGAAAAAAAGCGUUCUGGAAAUACCAGCUAUUAAGAAUUGGGUAGAGAAGCGUCCAAAAACUGAUAUGUAAAUGAAAUCAACGCAUUAAUAAGACAACUACUAUGUAAUAUUAAAUUUAAUAAAUCAGUAAAGUAAUAAA